AUGGACGCUUUGAGUAAAGAUAGCCUUGCGGUCCGUCUAUUUGGAAAUUCAAAUGUUGUAUUUUCUACGGGCGACCUCUGGAAACAUCAACGCAAGGCUAUGAAUCCAGUUUUUCACCGCACAGUUCCUGUGGAUCUAUUUGGACGCAUGAUUCCCGAUAUCUUUAAAUUGAUUGAAAAGACUGAUGGAAACGUCUUGGUAGACAGCUUUCUACAAAAGAUCACUUUUGACGCUUUGGGCAGAGCCUUAUUUGGAUUUGAUUUUAAAACAAUGGGUGACGAUGAUUCUGAGUGGAUAGCAGCAUACAACGAUGCAAUGUCAGGAAUAACUGCUCCUAUCCUUCAGGUUGCUACUUCUUAUGAGCGUAUUCUUCGCCAUUUCUACCCUCAUUAUGACAAGGCAUCCAAGGGUAUAGACAAGCUCAACAAGCUUAUUCUUGAUAUGGUGGAUGAAAAAAAGAAAAAGAUUGAGGAAUCAAAAGGCCAGCCUGAUGCUGGUCACGAAAAGGAUUUCUUGACACUUAUCCUCGAAGCUGAAAUGAAAGAAAAUGCAAUAAGUGACCCCGAUGAUUUACGAGUAAGCAAAACCAAGUGUCUAUCUGGCCACCUGUCCACCGCAAGCUCUAUCGCAUUCUGUAUUUAUCACAUGGCCAUUAACAAGGCAAGUCUUAAAGAUAUACAAAAUAAAGCACGCAGGGAAGCAUUAGAUAUUCUCGGGGAUGAUGAUUCUAUGGUUCCUCCAACUGUUGCUGAGUGCAAGCGUGUCAACUAUAUCAAUAUGCUUGUGAAAGAGGUUUUGCGCUUAUGCUCUCCAUUUGGUGCAAUUCUUGAACGCAUGACAGCCGAAGAUGUCACUCUGUCUGGGGCAUUUAUUCCAAAGGGCACACUUGUAAGUGUGGACAUCGAGGCUUUGCACAAGAACCCAGCCAUUUGGAAGAACCCGACUGUUUUUGAUCCCGAGCGAUUCAGAAAAGGAGGUGAAUAUGACCAGCACAAAGGUAUUACGUGGGCGCCUUUCAGUGAUGGAAACCGAAAGUGUCUUGGUGUCAAUUUCAGUAUGGCAGAGCAGCAAGUUGUUUUGCUUAUGUUGUUGAAACAUUAUGAAUGGGACCUACCCGAGAACUCGAUUCACAAAAAUGGAAUUGUUUAUGAUAGUAUCUUUUCCUUCACACCAAAGUCACUGUCUAUCAAAUUCCACAAACGACACUAG